AUGAGCAUGGCGCUUGGGUUCUGGCUUGCGUGUAUUUGCAGUUUGAUUUUGCAGGCAGCCGCUGAACAGCCGGUUUCAUAUCCAAUUGAAUGGGAGAAUGUGCCAGCGGUUACACCUGGUCCGCGGAAUCUUGAAUCUCCUUAUCUUGGUGAAUGCAUUUGCGAUGUGACGUGGGGUUCCUGUGACCCCAAUUGCUGCUGUGAUAGCGAUUGUGGUGAGGAAGAGCGGAAUAGGUUCGAGUUUUGUUUUGCAGAAACUGUCAGUCACCCUACAAUUUGGUACUGCAAUGAAUACGAUGAAAAUAGAAGAGUAACUGGAGAUACUCAAAGGUACCUUGACGAAAGACGUGAUGGAUUUGGUGCGAUAUGUGUUGUGAAGUCAAAUAACGCGAAGGACCUGAUUCCUUUUUUUGUCUUCCCCAAGAAUAUAUCAAAGCCACGUGACGUCUCUUCUAAUGACUGGCUUAGACAGAACGGAUCUAGAGGCUACACAGUAAAUGGAGGGUUGUCAUUGAUGAAACGCGUAGAGGUUGACACUUCGACUUUCGAGUUAAAAAGCAUGGGUCUUCUAAGUAUUCCAGUGGCACGUCACGAUGGAUACUGCACACCACAAGGUAGGCGUGUGCGGUUUAUGAAUCCCAUAGAUACUACUGGUUGUGUACUGAAGGGAGGAAGUAUAUGUACACUCUUUUCAAGCGUUAUGUACGAAAAUUUGUUCUUGACAGACUUGAGUAAUUCUACUUCUCGUGAGUUUACACCUGUUACGCUGCAGAUUUUUAAUGAAACAUCUGGUGAACUCCUUGCAACGGUCGAUUCAAAUUCUAGUAUUCCGGUGCAAUAUCAGACAGUAAUAAACGGUACGGGUUGCCAAAACGCUGUUAUUCGAGUGAAAACAUCUCUGGUAUACAAUUCUAAUAAAACUGGAUUGAUUUUAACUAAUGCAACUUCAAAAUUGUAUGUGCGUGACAUCAAUCUGAACGAUAUUGCUUCAAUGCUGUUUCAAACAGAGUUUUUGCGUGAGGGCAUGGAUCCACCAUCGAACUAUUUUCCUGGUGCCCCGGGCUACUUUGACGGGUCGCGUGUGAGGGCUGGUACACUCGUGGAGAACAAUGAUAAGGCGGCAAUUGCGGAAAGGGUUGCUGGAUUCUCCGUUCCAAGUGGAGGAAGGUCUUGUUAUCAGAAUAAUUACCGUAAGACGGGUUUUUUGCACGAUGUCAGAAGCAGCGGCUGCAGCAUCUCGGUAUCAGAAGGUGAUUUGCGUGAUAUAUGCUCGGGGGGUGGAACGGGUGCUUUGCUUCGAAACAUUCUCAGUAUAAAUGCAGUGGGUUCACCUGGUUUUGAUGUUGUUACAAGACCUAUCGAUCAUGUAGCCCGUACAAGUGAUGCACAUACAAAUGAUACAUCGAGCUGGAUACAUAUAGAAGGGAUUGAUUUUGGCGAUCUUACCCCCAGUCCAUAUGAUUCUGUUGAAAGAAAAUGUAGCAACAUUUACGUGGGGUUGCAGUAUAAGUUUAUUGUGUCUCGAGUAGGUGCUGAAAGCAAUCCUCAAAACGUUCUUGUGGCCGCAUUUGCGGAUCCUAUCAUUGGUAGUUGGAAGAUACGAAACAAUAGUGAUUUCACCAUGAAUGCAACAUCCACUCAGUGGUUUCGCUUCGAGGUUGCUUUUUCAUGGGCGGAUCCAUAUGCUAGGACAAAAAUGAAUCGUCGGGUUAUUGCUCCACCUAUAUUGCCUCAUUUGGACGAUACGGUUUUUUAUCCCUUUAAGCCACCUCGAUAG